UGCCGGAAGUGGCCGGGGAGGGAGCGGAAACAAUGUGGCUCCUUCCUCCGCUGCCCUAAAGCCCUAUUAUGCCCAUUGACUAGCAGCGGCGGGAUGUUCACGCCGGGGGCGGAAAACUUCCUGCGGCAGGCCAGGGAGAUCCAGGAUGAAGAACUGAGAAAGUUUAGUUCCCGAAUCACAAGCCUUCUCCAGAAUCAUGACCUGGGAAAUGAUACCAUUGACUGUUUACAGAGACUUUUCCUUAUUGUUUCAGCCACAAAAUAUGGCCGGAAGUUGGAUGGCAAAUUUGUAGAGCUGUUGCAGAAAGUACUGUGUCUGCCCAAGUGUCCUGAGCAGAUUCAGGCGCUGUGUGCUGCCAUCUUGAGAGAGAUGUCACCCAGCAAUGAUCUGAUCCUAUCCUGCGAUGAAAUCCAGGAUGCAAAGCUCUUGAGUCUAGUGUCCUCCAUCCUCUUGGCUCAGGGAAAUAAAAAGGCUGAGGUGUUAGCAGUGGGGCAGCGUGUUGUAAAAGUCCUGGAAGGGCGACUGCCUGAGGGUCACAGUUCACGGCACCUUCUUCCUCUACUCUCCAAGAGCAUCAGUCUAUCGCCAGCAAGCCUAACUGAAGAUCAGACCAAUCUGGUCAAUAAAAGGAUGGUGGACUGGCUGAGAUACGCAAGUGUUCAGCAAGGAGUUGCACAGCCCUCUGGAGGCUUCUUCUCCAAUCCCAGGGCAAGGCAGCCUGGCCCUGUCACAGAGGUGGAUGGUGCAGUUGCCACAGACUUCUUCACCGUGCUCUCGAUUGGUCAAUAUUACACAGAGGACCAGUGGCUCAACAUGCAGGCCUUUUCCAUGCUGCGCAAGUGGCUGCUGUGCUAUGGGAGCGAGGGGGCAAACAGCCCUAAUUCGGAUGACAAAUCAGAGGUAGAUGGGUCUAUCAUGUCCAUGGUCUCUGCUACCUCCACCUCCAGUCGCCUGCUUCCUCCAAAGGAGCGUCUAAGAGAGAAGGCUUUUGAAUACUGCCAGCGGCUUAUCGAGCAAAGCAACCGGCGGGCCCUGAAGAAACCAGAUGGGGACCUGCAAAAAGCUUGUCUCAUCGAGGCUGUCACUAUCAUGGAUAUUAUCUGCAGGCAGGACUCCUCCUAUGUGUACCGGACGCUCUCCUGCCUGAAGAUCUUGCAUGGCAGAAUCAGUGGGGACCUUGCUUAUGCCAGGGCACUGCUGCCCAUUGCUCAGUUCUUCCUGAACCACAGUGAGACAGCAGCGGUGGAUUCAGAGGCAGUUUACAAGCACUUGUUCACCAGGAUUCCUGCUCAGCUCUUCCACAGCCCAAUGCUGGCCUUUGAGUUUAUCCAGUUCUGCAGGGACAACGUCCAAUUCUUCACAGAGAACCUCAGCAUCUUCAGAAGGAGCUUCCCAAACCUCUUCAAGCUCCUAGCAUGGAAUAGCCCAGCCUUGAUCUCUGAGUUCAUGGACCUUCUGCCAGCUCUGCUUGGUGCAGACACAGCCAUCGAGAUCUUUCACUUGCUGCUUGACCUGCCGUGUUUGGUGGCUGCUCUGGACAUCCAGCUGAGAGCUGCCUCUGCUCCCAUCUCGGAGAGAGCCACCUGGGAUCCUGCUGCCAAGCCAGCCAGCUGCCUGGAGGCCUUCCGCCACCCGCUCUACAGAGGCACCUUUCAGUAUCUCCUCCGGAUUGAGACCGCCCCCAGAGACUCCCCUGAGCGGUUGGCUCCCCUUCGCCAGCUGCUGGGGUCCAUGGCCAGCUGUCCCCGGGUUGUGCAGUGUGCAGACACCAUCCCUGUCUUACUGCAGCUCUACUUCGGCGUGGUGGCAGAGUUUGCAGAUGGGCCCCUGAUAAACCAGCUGGUGUUGGUGCUGCUGGAGAGGAGUGAGCAGCUCUACGAGAUCCCGACGUUUAAGGCCGAUGUCCAUAGAGUGCUGAGCUCCCAGCUGGUGCUUCUGUGUAAGCUGUACCCCUCCCUGGUAGUGGAACUGUCCAAGGAGCUUCUGGAGUUUUCAGGAACUGUCAGCAACAUCCGGAACAAAGAGGAUAUCUUCACCUACGUGGUCUGGGCUAUUGGAGAGUACAUGUCUGUCUCAUACGACAAAAGGUGCACCGUGGAGCAGAUCAACAAGUUCUUCGAAGCCCUGGAGGCCAUGCUGUUUGAAAUCACGCAACUCCGGCCCUCAGCCAGCAUCCCCAAGUAUUCGCCACGUGUCAUCACGGUUCUCAUGACGACGCUGACCAAACUGGCAUCACGCAGCCAAGAUUUGAUCCCUAGGAUGUCCCUGUUCCUGUCCAAGAUGAGAGCAUUUGUUCAGAGCCCGGCCAUGGCCUCGGUGUACAGCGAGGAAGACAAUGAGGAGAUCCUGACCCGGGCCGCUGAGCUGAUGAACCUGUUGAAAAUGCCCAGCGUGGCUCAGUUUGUGCUGACGCCAUCAGCGGAGGUUGCCAGCCCACGGUUUCACCGAGACACUAACGUGUCCCUGCCUCUCGCCAUGAAGACGGCCAGCCGGCUGUUAGAAAGGGGGACUGGCUUCGUGCCAGGGUGAGGUGAUGGCAGGUCUGAGUGUACACUGCAGAGCUCUGACUGACGAGACCUGGCUGGCUCUGUGCUGUAUUUUGACUAACCUGCUGCUGCUGACUCUGCUUAACGGAACAUGGGGAAGGUGGAGGGACGAGGCUGUGCUCCAAGCUGCACCUUCCUGGAAAUGGGCAAUAAAGGACGGCAAAGAGGAAUAACCAGAGCCAACAGUUUCUGUCUUCGAGCCUGACCGUGUGGUUUGUGUCUUUCCUCUCGUGGGUGGCUGUUCUGCCCUCGGCCCCUGCAGCAGGAAGUGUUUCCACUGACUCUUCUCGAUGUUCCUGCUGUGGGACUCGGGUCCUGGCCCGCCCGGGGAGAUCAGUGACAUCACCCCCAUGAGACAGGAGCAGCUCACUCCCUCAGCAUGCACCCCAGACAGACAAACCCAGGGAUACAGGGGAAGGGCGCUGGCUAGUGUAUGUGAAUUGGGGUUUGCUGGAGGGGCCCAGCCUGCUUCCCUUCGCAGCUCAUGGCAGCAGCCAAAGGAGCUCUGGCCUGGAAGAUUCUGAAAAUCCAGAGGGCCGACUCCACAGCAAGUCCCUUGAGGGGCACUUUGCCCUGUCCUACCGCUCAGCCAUUAUGUGUCGUCUUUUCCUUCUCCUUUGCUCUGACUGCAUUGUGACUCCUCCUGCUGUUCCUACCCCACCUGCUCUGCUCGUAACAGGUGCUUAGAGCAAGAUGGCAAGUCCUGUGGCCAGGAAAUGGUGUGAAGUGUAGGCAGCUUGUGGGAAUGAUUUAGGUAAGCGAGGGUUUGCCCGUUCCCUUUUUGUUCUAAAGUUAAAUUGAACCUGGCGAGGCCUAAACAGGCUCCAAACCACUGCCACCAGAAUGGAGCUUAGGGAGGUUUUAUUGGAUCCAGUUUAUUUUUCACACCAAGAACAACUCCUUGAACAUAGCAGCCCUGUAACCGGGGGGCACUGAUCUUUGUUCCAGGUCUGCACUAGAACUAUAUACAUUGUAGAGUUGUACAGUAUUAACAAGAAUGGGGGAGUGGUCAUGCCCCUUUCUGCUAGGGUUACCAUAUUUAAAAAAUAAAAAAAGAGGACACUCCACGGGGCCCUGGCCCCUUCCCUGCCCCAACUCCCCCCAUUCCCCAAAGUCCCCGCCCUAACUCCCCCUCCUCCCUCCCAUCCACGCGAAAAGGGCUGCCCCAGCGCUACCGGCUUCACUGUUUGCCGGGCAGCCCCCAGACCCUACGCCCCCGGCCGGCGCUUCCCCAGCGCAGCUGGAGCCCGGGAGGGGAAGUGCCCAGCUGGGGGCGCAGGGUCUGGAGGCUGCCCGGCAAACUGUGAAGCCGGUAGCGCUCGGGCUUCGGGCAGCCCCCAUGCCUCCGGACCCUGCGCCCCUGGCCGGGCGCUUCCCCUCCCAGGCUCCAGCAGCUGUGCUCCUCCCCUGACUCUUUGGCUCUGUUUAAGAGCCAAGCUGCCCGAGCGCUACUGGCUUCGGGCAGCCCCCGUGCCCCCGGAGCCUGGGAGGGGAAGUGCCCGGCUGGCGGCCCAGGGUCCGGAGGCAUGGGGGCUGCCCGAAGCCGGUAGCACUCGGGCAGCUCGGCUCUUAAACAGAGCCGAAGAGUCAGGGGAGGAGCACAGCAGCCGCAGGAGGGGAAGUGCCCGGCCAGCGGUAUUUUUCCCGGACAUGUUCAGCUUUUUGGCAAUUCCCCCCGGGCGGGGGUUUGAUUACCAAAAAGCCGUACGUGUCCGGGAAAAAACGGACAUAUGGUAACCCUACUUUCUGCUGCUGGCAGCGAGCGUGUGCCCUCCAGGGGCCCCUGACUUUGCACUCAGGCAAUAGGAAUAUUUAGCAGAGUAUGCAGUGCUAACUAGAGACAGUUGGGGACUGACUGCUUGGUGCUUCCCAUCCAGCUGUGGAGGCUGGCUGAUUCUACUGUGGGGUGAGUUAUGCUGUUCUCCUUAGGGGGGCGGGCUGCAAAGCUGGAGAGCAGUAUGUGUGUGGCCUGCUCUGGUACUGCUGAAUCAAGCCAUAGCUGGGCCUGCUUUGUCAUGCUGCAAACUCAGGCUCUUGCACCCUGGGCUGGGACAAGCGGGGCUGCAGGGGGAUCUACAUGAUUCCCUGGAGGCUCGAGGGCAGUUCUUGUGCCUGUCUCUGCAGCCCUCAGCUGGCAGGGGCAUGGACGGGGGGGUGCUUCCAGAGCUCAGUGGAGGAAGGUCAAGCUGAUGUUCACAGUUCUUUUGACCGUUACUAAGGCAGCAAGAGCCUUGAGCUGUCUUCCUGCGGUUACCUGCUUCUGUUCCAAUUAAAGGGUAUCUCUAGUCACUGCUGUGCAGGUGGCCUAGCCCGGGUGUUCUGAGUAUGCCAUAGCACAGAAGCCAGACACUAGCCUUCUGUGGUUAUUUCUGUCAGCCUGGAGAGCUGCAAUGGGGGUUUGGAUGCCUUGCCCAUGAGGCUACACAGAACCCUGUGGCAUGGUGGGUGGGCUAACCCCGCACUUCCACCUUACAGUGAUCAGUUUGUGGUUUUACCAUUGGCUUCAGAGGGGAGGGUUUUCUCUCUCUCUGCUUGCUAACCCACACACAGAGCUCAUCUACAACAGCCUGGAAGAAUAUACUUGCACUUAAAACAUUUCCCCACAUGGUAGAGCAGCCGCCUUGCUUUGCUGCUGGCAGGAGAGAGCAGAGUGAUUUGUGUGGGCUCUUAGGAAUAAGCAGUUCAAGCUGUGACUGACUUUCCAAAAAGGGAAUGUCUCUUUCAAGGCCAGACACUGUUUAACAUCAGCAGCAUGGCAGUUGCAGGCAGUUCUGAGCAGCCGAGGUAUGCAGAAGAUGGGAUGGUGCAUGGGAGACAGAAUCAGGCCCGUGGCACACUCCCCAGCUCUGCCUGUAUACUACAGCACUGGCUACCCCUUUUAAAACUACCUCUGAUUUGGCAUCCACAUUCAACUACCCCCAGAGCUACUUUUAGUUCGAUUUACAUACCUGCUGGGGCCUGCAACUUGGCUACUAGCCAUCUGACUGCUGCCCUUUCCACUUAGUCAAGUCCAGCUGCAAAAGUAGCGGUGCCUUCAAAAGUAUGACCUUAGCUUUAUGGGCGGGAGGUUUGACUUCUUCGCUUACUAAUGAGCUACAGGCUGCCUGCUACGGAUUUCUGGCUUAUUCCACCAAUCUAACCCCCUGCCCCAUUUUUGUCCUACAUGACUACAAGGGUGUUAACCGGCCGCUUCCCCUUGAAUGGUUAGAAUAUGUGGUAAGUACUUAUGCUAAACUGUCUGUUGGAUCUUGUAGUUAGCAGUGCCCCUCCCAGACCUGAAGCAGAGCUCUGUGUAGCUCAACCGUGUUGUGUGUGUGUGUCUCUCUCUCUCUCUCUCCAACAGUAGUUGGUCCAGUACAAAAGAUUGCCUCCCGCACCGUGUCUCUCCAAUAGCCUGGACUUGCCCCUGCAAUAGGAUAAGGCAUCACCCAUGCAGCCACUCUGCCUGGGUGCAGCCAUGUCUCCAUUUUGUAAUGGAGCACAGGUUGCAGCUGUGAGUACUUUACCAAAGCAAGAGGUCAUAUUAGUUCACCUGGGCUGGGGGCUUCACAGCGUAACAGUCUCUGCCCAGGCCAAUGUCGCUGAAAGCUGUUGAAGCUUCAGUGACACAGAGAAGAUUUAACACUAGCUCCCCUGUGCAACAGGGCCAAUGCUAGAGCAGGGGAGCGGCUCGCUCCCUGGUGUGGGACGGUGAUGAGGAAAGGAGAAGGACCCUUCCAGCAGCGCCCUCUUGCCAAGCCUGGGAGCGGUUGCAGCUGCUCUCACACUGUUUUCUCUCUGCUGUAGCCACUUUCCAUCCCCAGUGCAGGGCCCAGGGGUGAUGGGCCUAGUGUAGCAGCAGCAAGGCACCACACUAGGGCAGGGUGAACUGACUCUCAGGCUGUGCUGUGGAGGAAGUGAAGGUAACACAUCAGUUCCACCAAGACAGCCCCACACGUCAGCUUACGGUGCUAAAGCCUGUCCUUGUAAAGUCACAGCUGGGCUUGCUACUGCCUGUGCAGCCCCCCAGUCAUUUCCGGCACCCAGGCUGUUCUGUCAUUUCUUAGUACGUAAAACACCCCCACCCCUGGGAAUCCAGCUUGAAGGGUGAGAGGGGGACAUUCUGCUGCCACCUUUCACAGCCCAGCCACCCAGGAACCUCCGUUUGUAAUAAACGUUCCCUGGCAGUUCUGGCCUACGAUAACUGUAAUUGUUAUGUUAAUCACUAGGUGUUCAAAAUCUCCCAGGUGCCAGCGCUAGGUAACACAAUAAUUGCAACAGCAGCCACUGGGGCCCCCUGCCCCCAAUCAGGCAAGCUCGUCUACCAGCCCUGCCGUGCCCACUGAGUGCAGAGGAAUGGAAUAGCUUGUUCCUAACCUCGGUGGAGCCCACGAGCACUCUGCCUGCCUGGAACGGGAUCUCCCCUCUGCCAAGAGGAGCGUGGGGUGGACUAUGCAAACCCCAUGCUGAGGCUG